AUGCCAGAUACCAUUUCUCUCGAUUCAUUCGAUACAAAAGAUAGAGUUCUCGAUGAACUCUACACUCUUGUUCGCGAUGGUUUAACAGAUCAACUUCUUAGUCAACUGACCAACUUAUCAAAUCGAACAGAAUAUUUGACCUCAGUGAAUUGGAAUGGCCAAGAACAACUAAGUUUACUGAUGGUAGCUGCUCUGCAUGGACACGAAGAUAUAGUUCGUAUUCUAUUUGAACACUGCGAACCCGAAUAUCAAGUAGAAUUCGAAGGAACAAUCAUCCUUGAUAAUCAGACAAUUCUCGAAGGUGUUACUGCUCUCUAUUGCGCAUGUUAUCGAGCGAAAUUUGCCGUUGCUCGAUUAUUGAUCGAAACCGGCCGAGCAAAUACUAAUCAUAGUACUUUGGAUGAACCUUACCAUCCUCUAUUGAUUCACGCUACGCGAAUGAAUCGUCUUGACAUCGUACAAUUUCUUAUCGAAAACAAUUACGCUGAUAAAAACUAUAAAAGUAAAUUUUCUACACCAUUAACAUUAGCUGUUCAUGAUGGAAAUUUGGAACUAGUUCAAAUAUUGUUCAAUGCUGGUGCAGAUACGAACGUUAAGAGUAAAUCUGAUGAUACUCUACUUGCUGUUGCUGUUAAAUUGGAACACUGGCCAAUAAUUCAAUUUCUAUUGGAACAAUCUGUAACUAACAUAGAUGAAGUUGAACGGGCUGUUUUAUUUCUUAUCGAACGUCGACCUCUUCCUAUCGAUAUGAAUAAAUUGUACAAGUAUUUAUAUUUCAUUCUUCAGCAACAAGUCGUUCUUCAAAAAUCGAAAGUUUGCCGACAACCAUUGGCUAUCUAUGACUAUCAUCAAGAAUGCCAAACAUUAGAAGAACUAGAAUCGAUUAAAAACGAUUCAAAUCGAAUUUGGAUCGAAGUAUUACUAGUUUUAGAACGUAUACUUUUACCUCGAAAAGAUCCAAUAUUAACAAAGGCAUUGAAUGGCUAUAGUCAUUAUCUUUUAGUCCAAAAUGAUUUUGAUAAAUGUCUCGCCCUGUGGAUUCAUAGCUUCUAUAUUAGCAAACAAAUGCAACGCACAAUGACUCUCUAUCCAUUUGUUCGACUCUUUUGCAAAAUGAUCACUGCAGAGGCAAUGAUUCCAAUCGAUCGAUUUAUCGAAGUUUGCCAUUUUACUUUUGAUUCAACACGAACCACUCGUGAUCAAAACACUUACAAUCAAUUAUGUUUCGUUGUGAUUACAGCAAAGAUCUUCGAACAUCAACAAAUAACUUGUGCAGAAAAAAUAGCUCUAUGCAAAUGGAUUAGUCAACUGUGUCGACAAUGGCAAAUGCCUUCCGGUCGACAAACUAUUGUUCAUCUAUGUGUCAGUGGCAGCAACUAUGGAUGCUCUUAUAGAAAUUCUUCAGAUACAGAACCAUAUCUCAGAGCAAGUCCAACAUGUCUUAAAUGUUUAUGUGCUCGUAUGAUAGCCAAUCAACGGCUGAAUACCAGUACUGUUGGAUCAGCAACAUCAAAAUUGAACAAGUUCAUUUAUCGGCACGGAUCUUCAGUGAUUGAAUCUGAAAAUAAAUGA